UAGUGUAAUAAACUGCAAGCUACAGUUACUGUUCCCGUUGUUGUUGCCUCUGGUGCUAACAAUUCUACUACUUUGGCACCGACAUAACGCUGACACUGUACCCGCCAAUCGCAUAAUCGCGAUCCAUUUAACGCCAAUGCGUUAUUACGCGGCUCCCACACGCGUAGCAAGAUUUUCCCCACCACAGAAGAACGUUAACUUGACCGAAGAGCGCGCGGUUAAGCAAAGCGCAGAGGAAGAACCGAGAGGGUCUUCGAGGCGACUUGGAGUCGCGGUGAUCCCGGUGCUGGAGGCGGUUAAGAAGUUGGAGUGUCGCGGGUGACGAUAAUAUUUGUCCCAAAAACAAUUACACACCUCGCCACAGUGACGAACGCGAAAAAUAUUACCUGUAAAAAGGAAAAUAGAAAGAAAAAAACAACUUUGAGUAACGGAUCGUUAUAAUAUACGAUACAUAGAUUGAAAUUCUUGUGCGUGUUCCUUCGUGUACUCGUUAUUGUUUUCGAGAACCCUCCUUCGCCGCAGGGGGUGUUGGCCAGGAACGUAUACCGAGGACUAAAUCAUCCCCUCCAUUGACUGCUAGUCGAGCUAUAAAAAGCCUUUGACGUUUAUGAUAUCCCUGAGGACGACGAUGACACCCACAGAAAGAAGAAGCCACACGGCUUGCACGGCUCUAGUGGCGACUGUUGUAAUUCUUCAGGUGAUACUCAUGCAGAGUAAGUGGGUCGAAGCCAUGCCCUACCAUCAAAGGACAUUGAGACUCUGCUCUCGGAGUCUCAGCGACGCGUUGUUCCUCGUUUGUAAAGAUCGAGGAUUCAACGAACCCUUUUCAUAUUCCGGUGAAGUGAACGACGAGGAAGAAAGACGACCUGCUUCGACGACAGGACCUAGAAGAGGACUUGUUCAGGAAUGCUGUCAUCGGUCGUGUAGCAUUGAACAUCUUGAGAGGUACUGCAAACCAUUGCCGCAACCUACUCAAAGGGACGAUACUGCAACGCGAGGAAACGCAAUUGGGUAUCAAGAGAAACGGUGAUUCCAAAAGUGCCAGCCUUUCAAGUCGGCACAACGUCCCCCGAACCGAUCGGCUCGAUCGUCAUUUUCCCGUUGAAAUCCGAGCUUAGCCUCGAGCAUGUUGAUGGCGCAAUGCAGGGCCACGAAAAGGACCUUCGCCGACCUUCGCGAUGACCUUGUACGUGUACAGAGGACGUAGCGUACAAAAGUAUGCGGUGGCAGAAACGUAAAGCGCGAAGUAGCCCGCUGGUUAUUCAGACGGUCCGGAUUUGAGAAAUGGUGCAGUUCAUAAAGGAAGAAAUAUCAUACAAGUGUGUCCGAAUACCGCACAUUAUACUAUGCAUAUGAUGCAGCGAACGGCGCGUGUAGCCAUAAAAUAAGUUCAAUAUAUUCUAAAAGACAUCGCGCGCGACAUAAUGUGCAACUGCGGUACAACUGCAGCCUCCCAUUUAAUUCUAAUCAACUGAUGAUCUCAUUAAAUUAUUUUACCUAGGUUAAUUAAUUAUAACGUAAUUAUAACAGUUAUACAAUUCAUUGUAUACCGUAUACCGUAUAAUUCUAAUAACUUUAAUAGAGUAAUUUCAAUUUACCAAUAUUAUUUCCAUAUGAUGUAUCUAUAAACAACUAGUACCUAUAUUAUUAUAUACAAUUUAGAGACGUAUUCUUAAGAAACAAUUCAUAGACAAUUGGUACAUCAGGAGCCUGACUAUGCACGCAUCAUUAUUAUAAUGUACGCAAAACGUGUACCUACCUUUUAUACAUUAAUAUAAUAUACCUGAAUUGUACAAGUACUAUUAUUAAGUCGGACCCCCAAACGCUGAUAAAAAUUUUUGAUAACACAAACUUUUGCCAAUAAUAAAUCUCUGUGUUCAUACGUAA